AUGGCUGACCUCGACGAAGAUGCCCCAAUUAUCUCCUUACAGUCCAACAAUGAAGAUGACGAUCCAACGGACGAAAUUGCAGAUUACCGACUACUCUCCACACUUUCUGCAAAGUCGGGCCAGCUCCCAAAACGAGGAGAGAAAGACUUCGAACCUCACGGCACCAGGCAUCAGGAUGGUAUUCUAGAGUCGAGUAGGCAGGCUAUGCACGAUGCUUUAUCACACACCAGAUUUCAUUCCGCGAAGAAUCAUACAAGAGGCUUUUAUUAUGGGGACGAGAGCUUGAAUAGAGAUGAGGUUGUUCCGCCGGAAUGGAGAAAAGGCUUAGACGAUGACCAUGUUGUCGUUCUAGAGAAUACCAAAGGUCCGCAUUGGAAAAGUAUGGGGAAAUCAACACUAGGCCAACGAUAUGCAAGUGUGUGGCUACUGCCUGAAGAGGCUCUAUAUUUGGUGGAGAGAGGUAAUCUUGACCUCUGGUGGCCAUCACGUUCGUCGUUCAAGGGUAUGGUUACGAGGAAAAACGAUGAAGAAGAUAUUGAAAAUCCUGACACGGUAGAUGAAGACAUCGAUGAAGGCGUACCAAUGAGUUUACAAGCGGCAUAUGCCCUUUUGAUUGGCAGGGACGAGCAAAGAGGCAAAGUGAGCUUAGACAGGUACACUGUAUACACAAAUCUCAGAAGAAAUGGUUAUGCAGUCUUAAGAGCCUCAGAUGAUGCGACCAAGCCCGGCGAUUUUCAGAAAAGCAAUAAUGCCCCCAAAUAUACCGAAAACAUAUUUAAUUGGCUUUUCGGCGGGUUCUUCCAUUAUGAACCCCCACCGUUUGGGCCAUUGGUGAAGCCUGGCAUGUACAAAUCGUACAACACCAUCUAUCAGCAGAUCGCCAUAAUUCCGAGAUACAAGCCUUCACUGGAUGAUGAAGUAACACCACCAGAAGAUCCAUACCGGGUUGUCUUUUACGCCUGGAAACCGGACAAUGUAGCCAACUUUAUCAAAACAAAUCCAGGUAUUCCCGAUUUCCGAAUUGCAAUCACGGAUGCACGUUCAUCAUUCGUACCGUCGCUGACACAAGUCGAAUCUUUAUUGAGGAGCACACCGUGGGAUCCACCCAAGUCGGAGUGGGCUGGAUUACCAGAGAAGCUUUAUCAGCGUUUGAGACACGGUUGGCGAAAUGUGGUUUUGGCGGUCGUUGAUCAAGGGGUUAUCAGCUAUUUGCGCCUUGGCGAGACUGCAUUUGGAGAAGAAGAUUUGUCCAAGAGGUUUGACCAAAAUCUCUCUGGCGGUGGUAAGCGAGGUGGAGGCGCGGGUCGUGGUCGUGGGGGACGUGGGAGGGGAAGAGGACGAGGUAGAGGUAAAUGA